AUGGCUACUCUUCUUGCUGGUCCAUCGCUACUCUCAGAGCUAUCCUUUGCUCGCCUGAUAGCAAUCGCCGUCAUUGUUUUAAAGGUCACUGGGUAUAUUGUUAGCUUAGCCGCUUACAACUUACUUUUCCAUCCACUCAGGAGAUAUCCGGGCCCUAGGCUCUGGGCCAUUUCGCGAAUCCCCUAUGCUCGCAUGCAAAUGUCCGGCAAGGCGCACAGAAUAAUUCUACAGCUACAUCAGAUCUAUGGGGAUGUGGUUCGAAUUGCCCCGGAUGAGCUCUCCUUUCUCAGCCCUGAUGCUUGGAACGAGGUCAUGGGGCAUCGGAAGCGAGGUGAAGAAGAGAACAGUAAGGACCCCGAUUUUUGGAAGACGCAAAAACAUAGUGUUAUCAGCGCCAACCGUGAGGACCAUUCUCGCAUGCGAAGGAUUCUGUCUCACGGAUUCUCUUCUCAGUCCAUGCAGGCUCAGCAACCCCUCAUCCAGAGUUAUGUCAGUCUGUUGAUUCAAAGAAUCCAUGAGGCAUCCAACGGAGGUAGUUUACCCCUGGAAAUGACUUCUUGGUACAAUUGGACAACGUUUGAUAUCAUCGGGGACUUGGCCUUUGGCGAGCCAUUUGGAUGCCUGGAAAAUGCAAAGUACCAUCCUUGGGUGUCUCUGAUUUUCGAUCGAAUUCAGGGUAAUGCAUUUAACUCGGUCAUCCGAAAGUUUCCCUGUAGCGAGUUCCUGAUCAAGAUGCUAGUAUCAAAGGAAGCGGCCAGGAAAUUUCGUACUCACUUCGAGCUGACUAAAGAGAAGGUGGAAAAGCGCCUCGCCAUCGAAGAGGUCCGUCACGACUUCAUGGCAACAAUGACUAAUACGAACGAGAAAUUGAAACUCACAUACCCUGAACUUCUCGACAACGCGAGUAUCUUGAUCAUCGCCGGAUCCGAAACUACAGCAACUACUUUAUCAGCUGUGACCUAUCUGUUAUCAGUCAACAAGGAAAUCUUGAGAAAGCUUACUGAUGAAGUGAGAUCAAGCUUCAAUACCGAAGACGAUAUUCAUCUUCUCAGUGUGCAGAAGCUGAAUUAUAUGCUGGCUGUUUUGAAUGAGACCCUUCGUUUGUUUCCUCCUGUACCGAACGCUAUACCGCGUAAAGCGCCAGCUGGAGGAAACACAAUUUUCGGACGACAUGUCCCACCCGAUACUAUACUCGGGAUUUGGCAAUGGCCCAUGUAUCACAGCCCAGAGCACUUCUUGGAACCCGAAUCAUUUAUUCCGGAAAGAUGGCUGGACGACCCUCGUUUUGUCAACGAUAGGAAGGAGGCGUUCCAGCCUUUUUCUUUUGGCCCCCGAAAAUGUUUGGGUAGAAAUCUUGCAUUUGCGGAGAUGCGCCUCAUAUUAGCGAGGAUUAUUUGGAACUUUGACUUAUCCGUUGACCCAAGAAGUGAGGACUGGCUACAAAAAAAUGAGUCAUUCUCUCUCUGGAAGAAGCCGGAUCUUUAUAUUUAUUUUUCCCCAAGGAAAUAA